UCGAUCUCGCCCUAUUUGAAGGAAAUGCCAGAGUUGCGGCACUCAGUAUCGAUGGGUACCCGCGCGGUUUCUUCCCCCGUGAAGCGCGAUGACACUGUUUCUUCUCUCUUCUCAGGUGACAUUGCCGGCGGAAGUGUCGAUGACGGCCAUCGUCCUUUCGCCCGCGGCCGAGAUCGGAAUCGCGAUAGGGAUCAUGAUCGCGAUAAAGAAGCUCACCGCUCUUUCCUCCUCCGCCUACCCAAUUUUAUCCGCUCUUUCCUCUCGCUUGACGACCUCAGGGCGUACUCUCUUCUAUCCUCUCACAGAGUUCACCUCGCUUUCCUUGCUUUUCUGCUUCUUAUUGGGCUUGUGUCGCUCCCUUAUCUAUGGACCCGUCUGAAUGCGCCUUACUUGUGCAUUAAAGAAGGAAUAACUCUUCACUGUCCCAAGACGAGGGAACCUUCAUCUCUUUGGGAAAAUCCACACUCUUCUACUACUUCAUGGAAGCCAUGUGCUGAGCGAAGUGAGAAGCCUAUUUCAGAUAUUCCUCCAGAAAAUGAAACAAAUGGCUACAUAUUUAUUCACGCUGAGGGUGGUUUGAACCAACAACGCAUAGCCAUAUGUAAUGCCGUUGCAGUGGCAAAGAUAAUGAAUGCAACUCUUAUUCUACCUGUGCUGAAACAAGACCAGAUCUGGAAGGAUCAAACGAAACUUGAAGACAUAUUUGACGUAGAUCAUUUCAUUGAAUACCUUAAGGAUGAUGUGCGUAUUGUUCGUGAUAUUCCUGAUUGGUUCACCGAUAAAGCAGAGCUGUUUACAAGUAUAAGGCGUACGGUGAAAAACAUCCCAAAGUAUGCUCCGGCACAUUUUUAUAUAGAUAAUGUGCUUCCACGGAUCAAGGAGAAGAAAAUUAUGGCUCUCAAGCCCUUUGUCGAUAGGCUGGGGUAUGAUAAUGUCCCUCCUGAAAUAAACCGGCUUAGGUGCCGUGUCAAUUACCAUGCAUUGAAAUUUUUACCAGAGAUUGAAGAAAUGGCUGAUCUCCUAGCAGUAAGGAUGAGAAAUCGGACUGGAAGUCCAAACCCUUACAUGGCGCUUCAUCUGAGAUUUGAGAAGGGAAUGGUUGGUCUUUCAUUUUGUGAUUUUGUUGGAACAAGAGAGGAAAAGGCCAUGAUGGCAGCAUACAGGCAGAAGGAAUGGCCAAGGCGAUACAAGAAUGGGUCUCAUCUUUGGCAGCUUGCAUUGCAGAAGCGAAAGGAGGGACGUUGCCCUCUGGAGCCCGGUGAGGUAGCUGUUAUUCUACGUGCCAUGGGAUACCCUAAGGAAACCCAGAUUUAUGUUGCAUCGGGUCAAGUGUAUGGUGGGCAGACCCGUAUGGCUCCUCUAAGGAAUAUGUUCCCAAAUUUGGUCACUAAGGAGGAAUUAGCCAGCACGGAUGAACUAAGUGGUUUCAGGAAGCAUGUAACCAGCUUGGCUGCCCUGGACUUUUUGGUUUGCCUGAAGUCGGAUGUUUUUGUCAUGACCCAUGGCGGCAACUUUGCAAAGCUGAUCAUAGGUGCUCGGAGGUACAUGGGGCACCGGCUCAAGUCCAUAAAGCCAGACAAGGGGCUAAUGUCAAAAUCCUUUGGCGACCCUUACAUGGGAUGGGCAUCAUUUAUCGAAGAUGUGGUCAUCACUCACGAGACACGAACUGGUCUCCCCGAAGAGACUUUCCCUAACUAUGAUUUAUGGGAGAAUCCUUUGACACCAUGCAUGUGUAGAGCUUGAUCUGUGGCUCUUUUGAUGCUACCAUUCUUCUUUGGGACAAGCAACACCGACACUGCACAUGGACUCAAACUGGAUUAUAUAAAUUGCUUGGCUAGCAAUUCAUCAACAAGUUGUUGCAAAAUGACGUGCUUUGACGGGAUCAUUUGGUAGUGAGGUAAAUUUGGAAGAAUUGCACCUGGAAUAUUUAUUUGGACACUCGUUCGACUUGUGUCUGCCAGAGCUUGUUAUUCUUCCGAUUUUGCAUCUAAGAAGUGUAACUGUUGUCUUUUAGGACACUCAGUUCUACUUUUGUCCAGGUUGUAAACAACAAAAACAUUUAAUUGUGGUAGGUCUCACAAAUGGAUUUUCCUUCGUCGAAGCGGAUCCCCCCUGUUGGUCCGAAAGUUUGUUUACCCAAAUUAGGCUGUUGUCUUGAGGUGUUUGUGAGCUGGUCAACACUUGGUCGGUGUAAGAGUACAGUUUUCAAACCACGAGUGAGUUGAAUUUCAGAUUUGAGAGCAAAAUUGACUGAUUGAGACAAAGACUAUAGUGAACUAAGCUCCAAUUUAUCUUGAAUUGCGUCUUUAAGGACACCGAUAUACCUUGUUACCAGCUUAUUAGUAUUCUCACUAU